CAAUCCAUUCAUAUGCAAAUGUAGUCAUAGCAAUAGCAAUAAAGCUAGUGCGGCCAUCUUUAACAGCUACGAACUGGUUCACUCUUAUUUACUUAAAGUGUCGUGUUAAUCUACGUUGUGUACCACCAUACAUCGUGUAUCGCUCACAGUUGUUGUUGUUUCUGCCAUUGUUAGUCUGCAAGGUAAAAGAUCACAGGUUACGUAGAAGGGCUCUCUGCAAAAGCUGAGUGUGGAGUAAUUGGUUUCAGACGAGCGUACGGUACAAACUUUAGGCUCCGAUCGAAAUGGACGAAUCUGCGAGACAACGUCAGCGGGGACAAAUCAUGCUGAUUGCUGGUAUCGUCAUGGUGGUUGUGUCCAUUAUCUUAGAGGUUGUCUUAUGGUGGUAUUUUUACAUCGGUGGAAUUUUAUUUAUCGCCGGGGUUAUUCUGAUAAUAAUAGGAUCAGUGUUUUUGUGCAACGCCAAUAAUUCCCGCAGACAAGUCACCGUGAUCCAGACAGCGCAGCCAGCGGCGCCGAGUACGGUGGUUGUAUCCAACAACAUGAUGCAAAAUAUGUCGUAUAUGCCGCCACCCCCGGCGUACGGUGGACCGCCUCAACACGGCCACUACGCUACAAAUCCCCCUCCUCCGGCUUAUGGUAUGCAAUCUCAACCAGCCUAUGCAUCGACCUAUCCAGGUCAGCAACAACCACCGAAGUACUGAUGAGCAAUUUACAUACUAUUACAUGUCAAUGCAGCAUAUAAAAAUGAAAUCAUGUGUUAGUUCAAUUACACUACACGUUUUUUUUUAAAUUUCAAUACAGUUGUUGUAGAUUUGUUAUCUUGAAAUAUUAACAUUAUAUUUUUUUAAACGUGUUUGAUGUCAGCGAUAUAUCAUUGUGAUUGAUCUCUUUUAAACAGAUUAGGAACUGUGCAGAUUUCCCAAAUGUUUAAUCUAUUAGUAUGGUACAUUUUUCAUUAAGUUUGAGGAUAGCUGUUCACAGUGAAGCGGGAUCGAGUUACUUUCGUUGGGUGAUGUCGUUAUUAAAGAGGCAUGGCUGGUACAUAGUUGUUAUGUUUUUUUUUUAUUUAUAUCACCGAAUUUUAAUAUGCAUUUAUUUUUAAAUUUUAUUAUUACAUAUAUACAUAUAUAGUGGAUUCAAUAUAUUUACUGUGUCGUGAUAAAUACAAUAAAAAACGUUACUUAAUUAUUUAGGUAGCAAGA